ACACCAACCAAGGAAUGGACCUCCAGAAAGGAGCCUAACAUCAUACGUAAUUUCAAUCUCGCAAGCUUUGUUCCAGCUAUUAGCGGCGACACUGCUGACAACGAUAUUGCUGGCCACGACCUUGAUGACCCUGACGGCCUUGACGACCUCAACGAGUCACCCAUUGAUGCUCGCUCAGCAGCAGCCUCUCCAGAUACGCAUGAUCGACAUGCUACGGCCCUCAACCACUCCACCGCACACGGGUCCUCGGCCGAAUUACAGGGCUGCACUUCAAAAACUCAUCAAUAUCCACAAGGGCGAUACUAG